AGAUGCCGGAGCAAGAGGAAAGGAAAAAAAUCCCUUUGGUUCCAGAAAAUCUCCUGAAAAAGAGGAAGGCUUACCAAGCCCUCAAAGCCACCCAGGCAAAGCAAGCACUUUUGGCAAAGAAAGAGCAGAGGAAAGGAAAAGGGCCCAGGUUUAAGCUACUGAAAUCAUUUCUGCAUGAUUCCUGGCGGCAGCAACGUGACAGGGUGCGUCUCAGACGACUAGAAGUAAAACCUCAUGCCUUGGAAUUGCCAGAUAAACAUUCCUUGGCCUUUGUUGUACGCAUCCAAAGGAUUAAUGGGGUGAGUUCACUGGUGCAAAAGACCAUUGCAAGACUUCGCCUAAAGAAAAUUUUCAGUGGUGUCUUUGUUAGAGUCACGCCACAGAGCCUAAAAUUGCUGCGUAUGGUGGAACCUUAUGUGACCUGGGGAUUUCCAAAUCUGAAGUCCGUCCAUGAACUCAUCUUGAAACGUGGACAAGCCAAGGUCAAGAAUAAGACCAUCCCUCUGACAGAUAACACAGUGAUCGAAGAGCACCUGGGGAAGUUUGGUGUCAUUUGCUUGGAAGAUCUCAUCCAUGAAAUUGCCUUCCCGGGGAAGCAUUUCCAGGAGAUCUCAUGGUUCUUGCGUCCUUUCCAACUCUCAGUGGCCCAUCAUGCUACCAAGAAUAAAGUGGGCUUCCUCAAGGAGAUGAGCUCGCCUGGCUAUUGAGGUGAACACAUCAAUCAGCUCAUCCGCCAGCUGAACUAGACCCAGAAUAUCUGAAAGCACAGUGCAUUGGGAGCAUGUGUUUUUGGGUUUUGGAAUUAUCAAGUAUCUUCAGAGAAGAUUAUUUUCUGCUCUAUCUUCAAAAACGAAGGGAAGGGUCAGGGAAAAGACAGUCGGUUAUUCUCAUGGCAGGAACAUCUCAUCACAGUCCAGUUCCAAGGAAAAAUUCCAGUGUUUUCCACUUUGGCUGCUGCCACCUCUGAAAUCACAUGCCAGGGAGAAAGGAGUCCUGCUUUUGUCAGAUCUUCUAUCCUGCGGUUAAACAUUGGUGAAUGAAUGACUCAAGCAUGUGUAUGAGGAUCCCUAAGACUCCUGCAACAGUGGACCAAGCCCAGGGACAUACUUGAAUCUGGGUAUUCCCAGGGUUUUGUUUUGAAAAGACUUGAAAUACAAUUAGAAAGGAGAAAGCA